GUGUGUGUAUGUGUGUGUGUGUGUGUGUGAGACAGCGGCUCGCGAUGUCCACGCUCUCCACCGCUGUUCUGGUGAUCCGAUAGUUGUGAAAAGCCACCACUAGUCGCCCCCAGUGCUCUUGCAGUCUCCAAAUUUUCUUUCCCACUGUAGACUUAACGUCACGUCCGCACUUGAACUUGAAUUUUAUCCCAUUGUACGGAGGCAGCCCUCGCCACAGAGAGACAGAGCUCCCGGAGAAGCAGGACUCCGCCAUCUUCAUAGAGACGGAAAAGGGAAAAAUGUCUUCAUUCAUCUGAAAAGAAGGUGGCAAGUCCAUGUCUUUGGUCUCCAGUCCGCGUAGCCGAAUAGGGGGAGCAAGCGCAAAGAAUUGGAGAGAAAGAGCAAAGUAACCGGGCAUCGCAUGUAAUAGUGCCCUGGAGAGGCGAAGAACUGUCCAGCGCUUGGCACACUCCAGUGCCAAACUCAAGGAGAAAUUGGAUUCCUUUCAUCCAAUUGAAAAGUAAUUAUUCUUAUUGUCCUUUUUUAAUUAUUAGCAUUUGUACUUAUAAACAUUUGAAUUGCUUUUGACAAAUCCACAAGGCGCUGACUUGUCGAAGAGAGAGAGAGCCACUAGAGUGUCCAAGCUGUCCAAACGCACCGGGCAUCACAUUUCUAAUUUCCCUCACAAGGCACAAGAGACAUUUCCAGUGAUUUCUUCACAACUACAAGGAUAUUUUUACACAGCUGAAGUGCAUGUGUGUGUCGGUGAGAUACUGAGCGUCUGCGCGUCUCUGGUCAUCUGGAGAGCAGGAGUGCGCAAAGACAAUUUCGCUUCUCUUACAUCCGCGGGACCUCUAUCUAUAUCCACGGCCCGGAGCUGUGGCAGUUCUUUGGAAGUCCCGGGAAAAGUUAGUUAGUGAGGGGUUAGGAAAAAGCCCACGGCACGGACACAGAGGAGAGAAGAAGCGAGCCGACUAUUACUUGUGCGGGUCUCUGGGCGAUGCCAGUGUAAAUGCCAGGGCAAUGUCCCGUCGCAAGCAGGGAAACCCUCAGCAUUUGUCGCAAAGAGAAAUUAUAACACCAGAAGCUGAGCAUGUGGAUGCGGUACUGGCCGUGGCUGAUCUCCACACUCGCCCUCAUUCGCUGCUGGAUCCCAGCAUGCCUGGGCAUCUACCUCCGGGCCUGGGUGAUCAUGACCUCCUCACCUGCGGCCAGUGCCAACUAACGUUCCUGUUGGGGGACAUCCUGCUCUUCAUCGAGCACAAGAAAAAGCAAUGCCAGGGUCUGACGUCCGGCCACGGCUGCUACGACAAGAUGGCGGACCGCCACAGCCCCUCGCCGCCCCUUGCCGAGCUGAGGAAAGUGGUAGAACCGGUCGAAAUAGGAAUCCAGGUGACACCCGAGGAGGAGGACGACAGACUGUUGACGCCCCCAAAAGGAAUUUGCCCGAAGCAAGAAAGCGGCCUGGCAGGUAAAGAUGAACCUUCUAAUUACAUAUGCACGACGUGCAAACAACCCUUUACCAGCGCCUGGUUCCUUCUACAACAUGCUCAGAACACACACGGCAUCCGCAUCUAUUUGGAGACCAACCCGUCCAAUACCUCCCUGACUCCACGGAUCUCCAUACCUCCCCCCAUCGGUGCUGAUUCCAUACCCCAGUCCCCACUGACCAACUUCUUGGGAGACAAUAACCCCUUCCACCUUAUACGGAUGACUGGGCCCCUACUCCGGGAGCCCCCACCAGGCUUCAUGGAAAACCGUCUCCCUAAUACGCCACCCUUUGUCAGCCCCCCUCCACGGCAUCACCUAGACCCCCAUCGCCUGGAACGCCUUAGCGCAGAGGAAAUGGGGUUAAUCUCCCAGCAUCCCAGUGCCUUUGAGAGAGUGAUGCGCAUGACACCCAUGGCCAUCGAGUCCCAGUCCAUGGAUUUCUCCCGACGGCUGAGGGAGCUUGCUGGAAACAACAACUCCACUCCACCACUUUCACCGAGCCGUACCAACCCUAUGCAUCGCCUCCUCAAUCCCAACCCCUUUCAGCCCAGCCCCAAAUCACCCUUUCUAAGCACCCCUCCAUUGCCACCCAUGCCCCCAAACAGCACCACCCCUCCGCAGACACAGGGCAAGUCAAAGUCCUGCGAGUUCUGCGGUAAGACCUUCAAGUUUCAGAGUAAUCUGGUUGUACAUCGGCGAAGCCACACAGGCGAGAAGCCCUACAAGUGCCAAUUGUGUGACCAUGCCUGUUCUCAGGCUAGCAAACUGAAACGCCACAUGAAGACCCACAUGCACAAGUCUGGCUCCAUGACUGGGCGCUCUGACGAUGGUCUGUCCACUACCAGCUCACCCGAGCCGGGCACAAGUGACGUCACUGGGGAGGGUAUGAAGAACAGGGAUGGGGACUUCAGAGGUGAGGGCAUGGGGCCUGAUAACGAGGAGGAGGAGGAAGAGGAAGAAGAAGAGGAGCUGGAAAAUGAGAGCAGGCCAGAGUCAAACUUCAGCAUGGACUCUGAGUUCAGUCGAAACAGGGAAAAUGGCUCAAAACCACCUUUGGAUGACAAGAACAUCUCCUUGGGUAAAAUGGUGGAAAAUGUGGGGCUCACCUCCAUCCAGCAGUACAAUAACUUGAUAGUUGACAAUCGGAAACGGCUUCCAUUCUCCAAAAGGAUCUCAGAGGGGCAGAGGGACACAGGUGAUGAUGAAUCAGUAGUGAGGGAAAUGAACCAAGUGGGUCGGGCCACUCUGAAUGGAAGGAACUGUGGCUCUGGUGACUCUUUCUUAGGCCUGUUUCCCCGCAAGCCCACUCCCAUCACUAGUCCCAGCCUUUCCAACUCCUCAAAUAAGAGGAUCAAAAUAGAGAAGGACUUGGACAUACCCCAAGCCCCCCUAAUCCCAUCUGAAAAUGUCUACUCCCAGUGGUUGGUCGGCUACGCGGCAUCCCGCCACUUCAUCAAAGAUCCCUUUCUUGGCUUCACCGAUUCCAGACAAUCUCCAUUUGCCACUUCCUCAGAACAUUCCUCAGAGAACGGCAGCCUGCGAUUCUCCACGCCGCCAGGGGACCUGCUGGACGGGGGCCUCUCCGGCCGUAGUGGUACUGCGAGCGGAGGCAGCACCCCACACCUGGGCGGUGGGCCAGGACCUGGCCGGCCCAGUUCAAAAGAGAGUCGGAGGAGUGACACCUGUGAGUACUGUGGAAAGGUGUUCAAGAACUGUAGCAAUCUGACAGUGCACAGACGCAGCCACACAGGCGAGAGGCCCUACAAGUGUGAGCUUUGCAACUACGCCUGUGCCCAGAGCAGCAAGCUCACUCGCCACAUGAAGACGCACGGCCAGCUUGGACUUCCUGUGAUGUGUAGUUGAACGCUUUCUCAGAAGUAGCAACACGCUUACAGAAUGCACAGCUGAAAUUUCUCUUUUUUUGUGUGUGUGUUCUCUUCUGUACUUACUUUUUGAUGACAAAAAGGGCUGCCUCUGUCAGCCUAAAUCACAGCCCUGAUUUAAUGGCCGUUAAACAGCUUUCUUUCAACACAACGCCCUUUCCACCACAAAUGAUUGAACCGAGGAAAUAUUGUGGUUUUAAAUAAACACAUAAAUAAAUAAUAAAGAAAGAGAGAGAGAGAGAAAGAAAAAAGUAAGCAUACACAUCUCUUUGCAGUUGACCCGCACUUUAUUUUGAUUUACAUAUUUGAAAACAAUGGAGAAAACGGCUUCUGAGCAAGAAAUUAUGUUAAAAAAUUUAUUUAUUGGGCCUUGCUAGAGGGAGCAUCUGAGAUUGAAGUGCCAGUGUUGAUAGGCUUGGCGUUCACAAUGCUGGCACUAUAAAAAUGAAAUUAAUUUAUUUGGACAGUUUUUGUACUGCCAUUCAAUUUGACAUGAGUGUGCCUUGAAUACUGAUCUUCCUAUUUAUUGUCUUAUAAGACAAAUGCAACACUUUUGUGAAGCAACGAAUACAAAAAAAGUCUAUGUAGUUUUAAUCUGCUUCUAAAAUAAUAAUCGAUAAAAAUAGAUAUCACGUAAUUUAAAGAACUUAAAAUAAAAAGUAGCCAGCACAAUACUAAUGUGUGUCUAUGUGUGUAGAUAUGUAUACAUAUGUACAUAUAAAUGCACAAAACACACACAAUAGACAAAUAUACGCUGGCGGCCAAAAGUUUGGAAUAAUGUGCAGAUUUUGCUCUUAUGGAUAGAAAUUGGUACUUUUAUUAACCAAAGUGGCAUUCAACUGAUCCCAAUAUAUGGAGCGGACAUUAAUAAUUAUAAAAAUUACUAUUACAAUUAGAAUUUUAAAACUACUUCAAAGAGUUCUCAUCAAAAAAUCCUCCAUGUGCAGCAAUGACAGCUUUGCACAUCUUUGGCAUUCCAGCUGUCAGCUUGUCCAGAUACUCAAGUGACAUGUAGCAUGUGACAUGACGCUUCCUGUAGCACUUGCCAUAGAUGUGUCUUGUCGGGACUUCUCAUCCACCUUACAGUCUAGCUGAUCCCACAAAAGCUCAAUGAGGUUAAGAUCCAUAACACUCUUUUCCAAUUAUCUGUUGUCCAAUGUCUGUGUUUAUUUGCCCACUCUAAACUUUUCUUUUUGUUUUUCUGUUUCAAAAGUAGAUUUUUCUUUGCAAUUCUUCCCAUAAGACCUGCACACCUGAAUCUUCACUUUACUGUUGUACAUGAAACUGGUGUUGAGAGGGUAGAAUUAAAUGAAGCUGUCAGCUGAGGACAUGUGAGUCAUCUAUUUCUCAAACUAGAGACUCUGAUGUACUUAUCCUCUUGUUUAGUUGUACAUCUGCCCUUCCACAUCUCUUUCUGUCCUUGUUAGAGCCAGUUGUCUUUUGUCUUUGAAGACUGUAGUGUGCACCUUUGUAUGAAAUGUUCUGUUUUUUUUGGCAAUUUCAAGCAUUGUGUAGUCUUCAUUCUUCAAAACAAUGAUUUCUAGAAGUUUCUAGAGAAAGCUAUUUUUUAUUUUUUUUUACCUAAUAUUUACCUUAAUACUUGCCUUGUCUAUUGCAUGCUGUGGCAACUCAAAAACAAAACACCAAGAUAAUGUUAAGCUUAAUUUAAUGAACCAAAUAGCUUUCAACUGUGUUUGAUAUAAUGGAAAGUGAUUUUCUAGUAUAAAAUUAGCAAUUUAGCAUGAUUACUCAAGGAUCAGGUGUUGGAGUGAUUGAUGACUGCUGGAAAUGGGGCCUUUCUAGAUUUGAGCAAAAAUGACUUUUUUUCAAAUAGUGUUGGUGCUGUUUUUUACAUCGGUAAUAUCCUGACUAUACUUUGUGAUCAGUUGAAUGCCACUUUGGUGAAUUCAAGUAGCAAUUUCCUUCCGAAACAGCAAAAUCUGUACAUUAUUCCAAACUUUUGGCUGCCAGUGUAUAUAUAUUUACAAUUUUUCACUUCAGGACAAAACUGCGUCCCUUGAAAAUAAUGGAUGAUUUUGCUACAAAUAGUCAAGGAAGAGACUGGACAAAAAUCAGGAACUAAAGAAACGUUAAAAAAAAAAAAAAAAAAAAAAAAAAGGAAAAAAAAGUUUAGUGCACUCUGUCUUAAAAUACGUUUACAGUAUUGAAACAAGUACAAGGGUAAAAUGAUAUUUCUGUGUAUGUGUGUUUUAAACAAACAACAUUUUUCUUUACUUUUUUUUUCCAAGUUUGCUUAUAAAGUUUCUCUGAAUGCCAUAGUGGUGUGUGUAUAUUGUUUUUCUGGUGACGGGAUUUUAAGUAUAUAUAUAUAAAUAUAUAUAUAUAUAUAAAAAUAUAUGACAUUUCUCUUGUUUACUGUAAAAGUAUACCAGUAUUUGUAAUAUUGGAGAAUGCCUGGGCAUUUUACAAAAAAAAAGAAAAAGAAAAAAAAAAGAUAUUGUUUUUUAUUUCCAAUUCUCAUUUAUUUGUCUUUUUCUUUUUAAAAAGUUUCAUUUUGCAGUCCAAUUUAAAUUGUGGGUCUCUAAAAUGUUUUGUCACUGUAACUGUAAAAGUCUUGAGUUUUAGAAAAAAAAUUCUGCCUUGGGUGUACGAAAAUAAAGAUUAAAUUGACUGAAAGAGAACUGCCAACAGAAUUUGUAGACAAAUGGGCACGCAACAUUAUGUACGAAAUACAUAGUUCCUGUCAAGUUUAUCUCUCUGAUUUCUUCUUCAGUAAUGGAUUUUCUAAAUGGCUGGAAUCAAAUAUGUGUGUAGGCACUAUGAUGUGUGUGUGCGUGUGUGUGUGUGUGUGUGUGUGUGUGUGUUGUAUAUGUACACACAUUUGGCAGGAUACAAUUGUGAAAACAAAAAUUAAAAAUGUACAGAUGAGUUUAAGAGGUUGUCUGACCUUUUACUGUAGCUACAUAUAAAACAGUAAAUGUUUUGUUCAAUCUUAUCUUGGUUGUAAAUAAUUUUAUAUGCUUGCCCAGACUUUGUUUUGUUUUCUCUCUCUUUCUCUCUCUUUUUUUAUUUGUGUGUUCUGACUAGAACAUUCAACAUUCUCUCUCUUUGUUUUUUUUUUUAAACAAAUGCCCCUUCAAUCCUCUGAUUUGAGGCUUAAUACAUGAUUUUGGGGCCUGUAUUGUGCAGGUCUGUUAGCAUGAGAAAAAUAGAGCACAAAUAUAAACAUGUUUUACUUGUCCAAGUCAUUAUUGGUCAUUUUGUGUGAAUAUGUUUUGAGCAGGAAGUAAAGAAUAAGGUCUGGAAAAUGUACAAGGUCUUUCUCUCUCUUGGUCUCCCUCUCAUGCACCCAUACACAUACACACAGGAAACAGACUCAUAAUAUGCCUAAAAUAAUCAACUUUAAGGGGACACAAAUGUGUAGGUAACAGGAUAGCCAAGCCAAACCCCACAGUAUAUAGUAUUCUCUUCAAUUGUGUGCAAUUCAGAUCAAAGCGUUUUGCCUCCAACCAAAGGCUACAAUUAGAGUAAUGAAGAACUACUAAAACUGACCACACUCAUACAGACACAAAUCAAUCAGCAUGACCCACCAUGUAUACUUUCAUACCCUUCCCAGAAUGUAUUAGGCUCUGGUAUCUGCGUCUAGAAAGACGUAGCACUUUGUAGCUGUCAGAGAGCUCUGUACAGUCAACCACACUGUUUGUCCACUCAUUUAUACAGUAUGUUCAUCUCAAACUGCCGAUUAUGUUCACUUCUGUUAUACAAGUUGUUUUUGAAAGUCGCCUUCUGUGUAUAUUUUAGUCUUUUUUUUUUUCUCCGGUAUUUUUACCAAGCAUUAGAAACUGAUGCCCCUUGUUUGGACUGAGGCAACUUUGGUAUGCUGGUCUUGAUUAAUAAUAAAAAAAAAAAAAAAAAAAAAAGAAAAAAGAACAUUUACUGCUGUUUACUCUUUUUUUCACAUUCCACAAUUCCUGAUCUUUCCAAGUAUUUAAAUAUCACACAGGUUUAAAAAAAAAAAAAAAAAAAAAAAAAACGGGCAUCUUUUCAUAAGAAAAAUGCUUCUAUAAAUAAAUUGAAACGGGAGUGGGAGGGGCCAAAUAAAGUCACUCUUUAUUAAAUUACACCACUGAUUUUAUAGACAACAGCUUCUGCUGACUGUGAUGUCAUGCAAACAGAUAAGGCAAGACUUCACUACAAUUACACAGGU